CAUUAACACACACACACACAUUAACACACACACACACACACACACACACACUCUUAAAGCACCCCUCCCUUUCCUUUUACCUCUUGCAGUGGAACAGACAGAGAGCUGCUGCAGUGACAUCCCUCCACUCUGCAGCAUCAGAAAUAAUAAAAACAACCAGGGACAGGCUGAAGAGCCGCUGCACCGUUUGUUACAGAUCUGACAGCGUGUUUGAAUCAGAAUCCUGCAUCUGAUUUCUUUAUUUUUCAGUAUUGUCGCUCCAUCUCAGACCAGUGGAUUGUACCUCCUGCAUCUCCUGCAGAGACACAAUGAACACCCCCCUGCAGCUUCCUGUAGACUAGGACCAGAGAGCGCCCGUCCUUCAGCUUUUCUUCAACACUUAGCUUUGUCUUCACCAUCUGAUGGCCACCAGUCCCAGCGCCGCCCAGCCGUCCAGCAACAUGGAGGAGUCCCAGCAGCCAGAGCAGCCAAUCAGCAAGCAGCAGGAUGGAGAGGUCGACCACACCGCCGUGACUUCUCAGCCGGUCAGCGCACAGCAACAAGCCCCGCCCCCAACAACAGACGCUCCUGAUGCCAAACAAACAGAGGAGGGCAAAGACCCGGACCACCUGACAGUGAUCAGUGACAUGGAGACCAGUAACGGCAUCGGUCCUGUGAGGGUCGACUCGUCUCCCACAGUGUCCUCUGUGUCGCCCAAGCUACAUGCUAAGCCAGGUGGCCAUAUUAACGGUCGGCCUGGUUUGGGCAGCCGGUCCGGCUCGUUAGCGGCAGGCUCACCAAGGCCUUCGCUCACCCGCCAGCCCAGUGCCAUCACAGAGGCCACUGUGGAUGGGUCCAAACCGAGGGACUACCUGAUCCUGGCCAUCCUGUCCUGCUUCUGCCCACUGUGGCCCAUCAACAUCGUAGCCCUCACCUUCUCCGUGAUGUCCCGAAACAGUCUGCAGCAAGGCAACAUCGAUGGAGCUCGCCGUUUGGGCCGUAAUGCCAUGAUUUUGUCCGUCGUCUCCAUCUUGGGAGGGAUCGCCAUCAUCGCCGCAGCCAUCGCCCUCAACUGGGGAUUGAUAUUAAAAUCCUGAUUAAAAUCAGCUGGAAUGGCGAGAUCGAAUCCCCGACAACAUAUGACCGACACGACACCGUACCCUCCGAUUUCCUGAAGCACUAUCGUUCUCAAGCGCCUGCACCGGAUGAAAAACAAAUAGAUAUUUGUUCCUGUACUUUUUUGUUUUUUACUGCACGACGAGCAUGGUCUGCCUGCUCUACCUCCGACACAACCAACAAACCGACCCACUCCUGACACCGACACUCGAUUUGGAUGUGGAGCAGGAGAAAAGGAUGGAUCACCAGAUGCUCAUUUCAUUCUGUGGUAGCAGCUUAUCUCCUCCUCAGACCACUUUCUCUCACCACACUUUCUCUCAUCGAUGUGAGUCUGUUGUCAUGGAAAUGGCCAUCUGUCUCUAUGGAAAUGGGAUUAUUAUUAUCUCUAAAUGUCUCCAUGACACAGGUCCAGUACUGGUGCAACCUGGGGGAUGAGGUUUUCACUUUUUGAUGCCAAAAAAUUUGAAACUUGGUGUUUGCUGAACUGAAACUGAGAGAUGCUGCUGCUGUGAUAGUUCAACAUGAACUGAAGACGAACUGAGUCUUUGUACUGUGAAGUGGUGGCGCACACACACACACACACACACACACACAAACAUAAAGGUGGACACACCCAUGCUGCUGCUGCAUGGUGGUCAUAGAGAGCUGAAGUCCUGAUGUCACUUCUCAUCUCGCUGCUUCUUGGGACUCAAAACAAUCUCUCACUGAGGUUUCCUUCAUCGACCUUCCUGAAAAAGUGAAACGUGUUUUACUAUAUAUAUAUUACUACAUUUUCUAAUAUACAGUAAAUGACUGUCAAUGACAGACCAUCAUAUUAGAAUCUCUACCCUUGGUGAUUUUAACAAAGUUAAAGGAUUAAGCUGGCGAUAUUUCAUACUUUUCUUACUGUCAACAAAUCUCCAUGUGCAGAUCCAAACCAACAACAUGUCAGUGAGUUUCUCAGUACCGUCUGAUUUCCUGCCUGUGGCUCUCAGCUGCGAGCCCAUUGGUGCCUACUGAAGACGUAAAUCUUUAAAAACACUUCACAGAUCUAUAGUUUGAUGUUUAAAAAGGCUCAGUAAUUUCCUCAAACAGCUGCUCGCUGUA